AGUGCCAGACAUAUUCUCACAGCCAUCACUCAUGCCGUAUGUGCAAAGAAAACACAAUGUCCUCUCUUUUUUGGUGGAAUGCACACACACACACACACACACCAAGACACCCCCAUCCCAUCUCUGACAUUAACUCCUGCUUGCAUGAAUAUCGUUCAAGCGUCACAUGAGCCAGCUACCGACUGCACGUGCAGGGCGCACGACAUUGCCAGCUAGAAAGAGAGAGAGAGAGAGGAGGCGCCGGAUAGUGCGCAUGAUCAAGAGAAAACACUCUUGGCACUUGGGUAACACUAAACUCAUCAUUCUCACAGCUUUUUCACUAAAAGACGGGAGGGUUCAUUACUGGAGGAAUUAAAAACCACUGGAUAUCUUAACUUAAGCAGCAUAUAGUGUGUUUUAAAAGUGCCAUUGAGUGGACACCAGAGGAAGACUUGUUUGGGCACAUUUCAGCACUGGACAGCUCUCUCUCCGGAGCUCAGGAGCGCGCUUUCUGGCAUGUGGAGAGAUGGGCAUUCCGGAGUUCCUGCUGGAAGUGUCCCUGGUGGUGAUCGCCGUCGUCUCGUUGCUGACCAACUUGUCGGUGCUGCUAUGUUUCACCCAGAGCUCCGAGUUGAGAUCCCACGUGCCAGGCAUCUUCAUCCUCAACCUCUCUUUCUCCAACAUCCUCCUCACUGUCAUCAACAUGCCCGCCACUUUCCUCGGAGUGGCCAAAGGCGCUUUGCCCUUCGGUGACCGGUUCUGCCGCGCGGUGAGCUUCUCCGAGACUUUCCUCACCGCCAACGCGAUGCUGAGCAUGGCCGCGCUGAGCAUGGACCGGUGGGUCGCGGUGGUGUUCCCGCUCAGGUACUCCAGCAAGAUGCGCUACCGGGACGCCUGUCUGAUCGUGUUGUACUCGUGGCUACACUCGCUCACCUUCUCCCUGACCCAGCUGCUCAUGGAUUGGGGCGGCUACAGCCACACGUACGCGUCGUGCACCGUGCGCCUGGAUGUGGAGAGGAGCGCGACGCGGCAGCAGCAGCAGCUUGCCGCCUACGCGUCCUUCACCGCGCUGUUCCACUGCGGCAGCUUCGCGCUCUGCCUGCUCGUCCUCUGCUUCGCCUACUGGAAAGUUCUGAGAGUGGCCAGGUCUCACUGCAAGAGGAUAGACGUGAUUACAGUGCAGACCCUGCUGCUGCUGGUUGAUAUUCACCCCAGUGUGAAGGAGAGGUGUCUGGCUGAGCAGAAGAAGAGGAGGCAGCGCGCCACUAAAAAAAUUUGCAUCUUCAUCGGCACCUUCAUCCUCUGCUUUUCACCCUAUGUUAUAACAAGGUUGGUGGAGUUGUUGCCUUCUGUGCACAUCCCUCGGUACUGGGGCAUGACCGCCAAAUGUCUUUCCUACGCCAAGACCUCCAGCGACCCGUUUGUCUACUGCCUGCUGCGGCAGCAGUACAGGAAGGUCCUAGUUAGUGUCAUCAGCCGGCUUAUGAGAAAGACUCACUACUCGCUGUCUGUCCACAGUGCGAGCAGCACGCUGGACACCACAGACGACAACUGCAUUGCCAGAAUCACCUGAGCUUGAUGUGCAAAUGUUUGAAUUGAUUCAACACCUGCAUCCCUCCUACAGAGAGGUCAGAGGUCAGGGUCUCUGAAGAGCAGAAGCCCUGCAGAUGGAAGGGAGUCAGUGUCUUGCUUAAGGACACUUUAUCGCAGGGGUGGACCUCAGCGUUGUCCACUGGGAGAGUUGUGUAGGACACAUGCUCAAUGAGACUGCACAGCAUUGGCCUCCGACGUGUGCCAAACGCCUCUUCAGCCUCCACGGACUGCUGUUUCCACAGGGCUGGUCAGUGUGCCUGCUGAGGCAUUGCCAAGAACACACCACAUGAAGCCCACAACACUGUUUAUCAUCAAUGUAAAUGUAGGGUUGAAGAAACCUUGAAUUUGUCAGGAAGUGGUCUUCAUGUUUCAGUGAAAGAAAUGGGAAAAUGUUCAUUCGGGUGGCUGUUUUGAAGCUAAUAUUAAGGUCUGUGUUAAUAACUGACAUUUUUAACAUGUAAAAAUAGGUGUGUGAAGAUGUUAUAUUACCACAAAAACACAGAUGCAAGAAUAAACUCCACUGCCACAGA